AUGGCACCCCAAAAGCCUCUUUCCACUGCUUCAACAAUGGCAACCCAAAAGCUUACUUUGAAGCUCCUAAUAGACAAAAAGGAGCAGAAAGUUCUUUUUGCUGAAGCUGGCAAAGACUUUGUGGAUUUCCUUUUCUCUCUUCUGUCUUUGCCUCUUGCCACUGUGGCUAAGCUCCUUAUUAAGGACGGGAAGAUGGCUAAUGUUCUUUCCCAGGAUGGCGUUAGGCUUGUUUCUCACGAUGUGAUGGUUGGAAGCUUAUUCCAUGUCUAUCAAAGCGUCGAAAACCUUGGUGACAAAUACAUGGAACCCACUGUUAACAAGGAAACCCUGCUGAGAUCGAAUGAAUCGGUUGUUGGACUUGGUAGCCUCCUUGAGUUGUUGACCAUCAACCCUGAUGAUCAACACAAAGCAUCAACUGCUAAGAAGUUGUAUGGGUGUAUGAAUUUGAAUCACCGUGGGUCAUACAUAACCGACGAUCCUAAAACGAUUUGUCCAUUGUGCAACACAUAUAUGACAGUCAAUGUCGCCUAUGUUCCUCCACCAGUGGCGGGGCGCUGUGUUGGUCCACCGUUGGCAGAAGCUGCUUCUAGCAAGAUAGGGUAUGUUAAAGAUACCCUUACAUACUUGGUGAUGGAUGAUCUAGAUGUCAAGCCUUUGGCUUCUAUCAUUUCUAGUAGACAUCAUCUUAUGAAGUUAUUUGAUCACGAACUUGAAGAGAAGAUGGUUCAUCUUGGCAUGGAUGAGGGGUUGAAGAUGCUGAAGGCAUUGUUGCAGUCAAAAUCAGUUCUCACAGAUGCAUAUCACUUGCAGCUCAAAGCAGUAUUCAUCAUGUCCACAUUCAUAGAUGCACAAAGAGAAACCGACAUCUUCUUGAAGCUCACAAUUGACCGAGAGAACAGGAAGGUAUUGUUUGCAGAAGCAAACAAGGACUUUGUUGACAAUCUGGUGGGAUUCAUGACUUUUCCUACCUCUGCCAUGAUUAAGCUUAGCCCUGAGCCUUUUGGCAAGCUAAAAAAUGUUAAAAAUAGCAUUGAGAACAUGACCGAGUAUUACAAUCCGAUGAAGGCUUCUCUCCUGAAUACAAUGCCACCGGCUCACCGCAAUCGGCACGAGCAUGCCCUGUGUCCCCUUGAUCCCUCAUCACUUGAGAAUAUGCCCUUUUAUGUAUGUGAAGAGUGUAUUACUACCCGAGGUAAGCCCUAUUAUGUGGCCAACGAUCCCACAGUCUUGUGCCCUACUUGUAACCAUGCCAUGACUCAAGGUGCAAGUUAUUGCGGUACACCUUCUGAAACAGCCAAUGAAGGGGGAGGUUUUGUUCUACAGCGAGCGAAAUACAUUAUUACUGAUGAUUUGAAUGUUCACCCUCUUCUCACGGCUUCUCUCAUCACAAGGAUAAUUCUUGGAGCUAAUUCUCAGCAUGUUGAAGAGGUUACCGUGAACGUUUCCCAUAAGAAGCUGGUGAUGCUGGAGUUGUUAAAAAAAGGCUAUGCAAAACUCCGACACGGUGUUGUCAGAUGUAUUUUUCUCGGAUAG